UUCUGUCAUCAUCUGACCCGGAAGUCAGGUGAAGCGCUAAGGCUGUUCGUGAGCGUGACCCUGUUUCAGGGUCCAGUCCGGAGCGUUCAGUCAUGGUGUUCGAGUCUCUGGUCAGUGACCUGCUCAACAGGUUCAUCGGAGACUACGUGGAGAACCUGGACAAGUCUCAGCUGAAGAUCGGGAUUUGGGGAGGUAAUGUGGUGCUGGAGAACCUGAAGGUGAAGGAGAAUGCUCUGAGUGAGUUUGAUGUUCCAUUCAAAAUCAAGGCUGGACAGAUCGGGAAGCUGACGUUGAAGAUUCCGUGGAAGAACCUUUAUAACGACGCUGUGGUCGCCACGUUAGACGGUCUUUACCUGCUGGUCGUACCUGGAGCCACAAUGAAAUACGACGCAGUGAAGGAGGAGCGUGACCGGCAAGAGGCGAAGCAGAGAGAACUGCAGCGCAUCGAGGAGGCACUACAGAGAGCGUGUCAGUCUGGAGAUCUGCUCUUUAAUCUGGAGACUGUGAUUUACAAGGACACACACAACGGACAUAAAAAACAUAAAAAGCACAAAAAAGGUUCAAAGAAGCUGAAAGGACAUGACGGCAAAGCAGAAAAACCUAAGGAGGAGAAGAAGAAGGACACAUUUGCGGAGAAACUGGCCACUCAGGUGAUCAAGAACCUGCAGGUGAAGAUCAGCAGCAUCCACCUGCGCUAUGAGGACGACCUGUCGGACCCACAGCGCCCCCUAUCUAUGGGAGUAACACUGUCAGAGCUCAGCCUGCUGACCACUGAUGAAAACUGGAAACCUUGUAUCCUGAAUGAAGCCGCAAAGAUCAUCUAUAAGCUCGGUCGCCUGGAGUCUCUCUGCGCUUACUGGAACGUCAACAGUCCGAUCUUUUACAAAGGAUCAUGGGAGAAUAUUGUGGAUCAGUUAAAGUGUGGCAUCAUCAGCUCAGAGCAGCAGAUUCCUCACUAUCAGUACAUCUUCAGGCCGAUCUUUGCUUCAGCUAAAAUGUGCAUCAAUCCAAACGCUGAGCUGGAACUGAAAAGUCCAAAAGUCGACCUUCAUUUGGAAGUUCAGGACAUCAGCAUCGAGAUGACCAGAGCACAGUAUGUGACCAUGUUGGAACAGCUGGAGUCCGUUGACUGCAUGGUGAGGAACGCCCCUUACAGGAAGUUCCGCCCUGAUGUCCCUCUGAACAAGAACGCGAGACUCUGGUGGAGGUACAGCAUCUCCAGCAUCCUGGAGGUCCAUGUGCGGCGUCACAGUCGCAUGUGGUCCUGGUGCAACAUCAGACGGCACCGAGAGAACCUGAAGGCCUACAAGAGCGUCUACAAGACCAGAUUACUGAGUCAGAGCAAGACCAGCCAGGACACGGAGCAACACAUCCAGGGUCUGGAGAAAGUUCUGGACGUGUUCAACAUCACGUUGGCCCGGCAGCAGGCACAGAUGGAGGUGGUCCGGUCAGGACAGAAGGUGGUGGGAAAGAAAGCAGCAGGUGGACAGAAACAGGGAGGGGCAGGAGGAGGGUUCUUCAGCAGCUGGUUUGGGAGGAAGGCCAAGAAAGAGGAGCAGAAGCAGGAGGAGAGCAAGGAGACGCAGAGUUCAGGUUCAGGUUCAGGUCUGGAUGAACUCAUGACCCCUGAGGAGAAGGAGAAACUCUACACCGCCAUUGGCUACAGCGGUAGCUCCCAUAACCUGGCUCUGCCUAAACAGUACGUGGCCGUGGUUGUCACCUUCCAGCUGUUACAGACGUCAGUGACGGUCAGAGAGAAGCCCGGCGUCCCAGAGAUCCUGAAGAUCCAGAUGAUUGAACUCAGCACCAAAAUCUCACAGAGACCUGGAGCUCAGGCCUUCAGGGUUGAGGUUGCGCUGGUUCACUGGUUGGUGACGGGCCUUCAGCAGCAGGGGGCGGUGCCCUCGCUCAUGGCCUCAGUGGGAGAUGCGGCGUCAUCUCUGCUCAGCGUCGUGUUUGAGGUGAACCCGGAGGAAAGUGCUGCUGACCAGCUGCUCAGAGUCCACUCACAGCCUGUGGAGAUAAUUUAUGACGCGCUGACUGUGAACACCGUGGUGGACUUCUUUAAGACGGGACAAGGUGUGGACCUGGAGGUCCUGACCUCUGCCACCCUGUCCAAACUGGAGGAGAUCAAAGAGAAGACAGCCACGGGUUUGUCCCACGUCAUUGAGACCAGAAAAGUCCUGGACCUGAGGAUCAACCUGAAGCCGUCCUACAUGCUUCUGCCAAAGUCAGGUUUUUACAGCAGCACGAGUGAACUGAUGAUCAUCGACUUUGGCAACCUGCAGUUGAACAGUGUGGAGCAGACCAGUCUCCCGUCUUCGUCCUUGUCCUCGUCCUCCCUCGAGCAGAUCAUGGAUCGAGCCUAUGAGAGAUACAAUGUGGAGCUGAGACGAGUCCAGGUCCUCUACAGCAAGUCAGGUGAGACAUGGAAGUCUGCUCGUCUUCAGGCUUCUUCAGUCCAACACAUUCUCCAACCCAUGGACUUUACUGUGCACCUGGCCAAGUGCAUGGUGGACAAGGACACAAGGAUGUCCAGGUUCAAAGUGUCUGGUGAGCUGCCACUGCUGCACAUCAAGAUUUCAGACCAGAAGAUCCAGAACGUCCUGGAGCUGGUCAACAGCAUCCCCCUGCCCAACAUGGACUCCUCCCCCUCCACCCCCACAGAGAAGGUGCCGUCAUUGGUAGAGGCCAGACCGCGAACACUUAGCCUCCCCCCCACCCUCCUGGACGCCAUGGAAACAGACUCUGAUGAAGACACGAGUGAGAAGUCCAUGGAUGAAGAUCACCAGCGCUCGGCGCAGGAGGAGCUCACUAUCCUUCACUUCAAGUUUGAAGUCAGAGAGGUUCUGUUGGAGCUGACACAGCAGGUGGAGCAGGAGAAGACCUUCCUGUCCUUUAGCAUCUGUCAGCUGGGAGCUGAAGGGAAGAGGCGGAGCUUUGACCUGAGCGUGACCUCGUACCUGCGUGGAGUCACACUGGACUACUGUGGAGACGACAGAAGUCGUCCGCUCCACCUCAUCAGCUCGUCACAGCAGCAGAGCUCCAACUUGCUGAAGGUGGAGUUUGUCAAGGCUGAGCCCAGUGGACCAAGCUUUCACACACUCUUUGACAACACGGAACAAACACUGAAGGUGGAGUUUUCCUCUCUGGACUUCCUCCUUCACACCAAAGCUCUGCUGUCCACCAUCAGCUUCCUGAACCGUGUUCUGCCGCCGCAGCUCGCCGCCGCCCGAGACAGAGAUGUGAAAAAGCAGGUGGAGAGGGCGGGGCGGGGCCAGACAGGAUCUAAAGGCUUCAGAGACGGCGGCGUCUUCAGCUUCAGGCUGUUUGCCACGCUGGGUUGUUUCCACGUGGAAGUGUGUGACGAUCGCCGCAGCAUCGCCGACAUCAGAGUCCAGGGAAUCCAUGCGUCUGUGCUGGUGCAGGCGAAGGAGACCGAGGUGUUUGCUCGGCUCAGAGACAUCGUGGUCAUAGAUGUGAACCCUGGCACCGCCCACAGGAAGGCCGUGUCCAUUGUGGGUGAGGAAGUGUUUAGCUUCAAACUGUCCUUGUUUCCGGGGGCGACGGAGGGCGGCGGCUACAGUGACACGUCAAAGGUGGACGGGAAAGUGACGCUGCGUCUGGGUUGCAUCCGCAUCGUCUACCUGCACAAGUUCCUCAUGUCGCUGCUGAUGUUUGUGGACAACUUCCAGACGGCCAAAGAGGCUCUGAGCGCCGCCACUGCCCAGGCGGCAGAGAAGGCGGCGUCCAGCGUCCGAGACUUUGCUCAGAAGAGUUUCCGUCUGUCCCUGGACAUCAAGCUGAAGGCUCCGCUCAUCAUAAUCCCACAGUCAUCCACCUCCCAGAAUGCACUGGUGAUGGACCUGGGUCUGAUCACGGUGGGGAACAGCUUCUCACUGCUGCCCUCUGAUGGUUUCUCUGUGCAGCCGGUGGUGGAGAAGAUGGACGUGAGGCUGACGCAGCUCAAACUCUCCAGGACCUGCCUGAAUCUAGACUCAGCGUCUCAGCGCGACAUUGAGAUCCUUCAGCCAAUCAGCUUUGAGCUGCUCAUUACCAGAAACCUGGCUGCUUCCUGGUUCACCAAGAUCCCUGGAGUCCAGGUCCAGGGAGUCCUGCGCUCACUCAAUAUGAGUCUGGGUGAGGAAGACCUCGGGGUGCUGAUGAAGAUCCUGGUGGAGAACAUCUCUGAGGGAAGUAAAGAGCACAACAUGGACGUGAAGAGACAGGUGUCCACAGAGAAGGCGGAGCUUAUUGAGCAGCAGGCGCAUGUCAUGUCACUGCAGGCGGGAUCAGCCGUGACUCCGCCCACCAACGAAGGUGUGACAGAAAACACGGUCAAUGUUCUGCUGAACUUUGAAAUCAAAGAGGUGGUGUUGACCCUGAAGAAGUCCAGAGUCCACAGUGACUCGUCCUUCCUUGUCCUCCAUGUGUCUCAGCUGGGCAUUGACACCAAAGUCAGGAAGUACGACAUGUGUGCGACCACGUACAUCAAGAAGAUCACCAUGACUUGCCUGGAGUUCAAAGACCGGAGUGGACGACCUCUGUGUCUCAUCAGCUCGUCUGUGGAGUCUGGAGCCGAACUGCUCAAAGUGCAGUAUUUCAAGGCCGACCGCGCUGGACCAAACUUCUCCAGCAUUUACAAGAACACAGAGCAGAUGAUGAACGUGACCUUCACCUCUCUGGACGUCAUGCUCCACACGGAGGCGCUGGUCUCUGCCAUCAACUUCCUGUCAGCUGCCCUGGCCUCUGAUCAUGUGACCAUGGACAGAGAGGUCAGACCAAAGACAGAAGAGAGGACAACGUCCAACAAGUCCACUGCCAUCUUGUCACCUGUGGACACUGAGGUCAUCGACCUGAAGGUCAUGAUGACACUCGGAGCCUUUAACGUCCUGGUGUGUGACCAGAGCUCCAACAUGGCCGACAUCAAGAUCCAGGGUAUUCAAGGAUCUUUGCUGAUGCAGGGACCACAGACGCACCUGUCCGCCUGUCUUCGCGAUGUCAUUGUCCUCAACGUGGAUCCAAAAACCGUACACAAGAAAGCCAUCUCCAUCGUGGGAGACGAGGUGUUCAGCUUUACCAUGAGUUUGACCCCGAAGGCCACAGACGGCGCCGGAUACACCGACACGUCCAAGACUGACGGCAGAGUGAAGCUGAACGUGGGCUGUGUGCAGGUGGUCUACCUGCACAGGUUCUUCAUGUCUCUGAUGAUGUUUGUGGACAACUUCCAGACGGCCAAAGAGGCUCUGAGCGCCGCCACUGCCCAGGCGGCAGAGAAGGCGGCGUCCAGCGUCCGAGACUUUGCUCAGAAGAGUUUCCGUCUGUCCCUGGACAUCAAGCUGAAGGCUCCGCUCAUCAUCAUUCCGCAGUCGUCCACCUCCCAGAAUGCACUGGUGAUGGACCUGGGUCUGAUCACGGUGGGGAACAGCUUCUCACUGCUGUCGGUGGACGGGUGUCCACUGCCCGCCGUCAUCGACAACAUGGACGUGCAGCUGACACAGCUCAAACUGUCCAGGACGAACACAGACACAGACACAGACACAGACACUGUGAGCUCAGAACUGCUGGAGCCCGUCAACCUUCACCUGAACAUCAGGAGGAACCUUUCUGCCGCCUGGUACAAUAAGAUGGCUGCUGUCGAGGUGGAUGGAGAUCUGAAGCCUAUGAAGGUGGCGCUGAGUCAGGAGGACCUGAAGGUUCUGCUCCGGAUCCUGAUGGAGAAUCUGGGCGAGGCCGACAGUCUGGUUCACAGCGCCCCCAAACAGGAGGAGGCCAGUGUGCGGAUCCGUGCUGUCGGGGGCGCUCCAACAGAUGACGCGGUGAGGACGAGCAGCAGUGAAGACGGAUCUCCGGAGUCGGUCAACUUCAGGUUCAAAGUGGACUCUCUGGCUCUGGUUCUGUUCAGCAGCACUGAGCCCACACAGCACCAGCAGAACCUCAGACUGGGUGAGUUGACGCUGCAGCAGCUGACGACGUCGGGUAGAAUCCUGAGAGCUGGAGACGUGGAGGUCACCACAGUUCUGACCGACUGCACUCUGGAUGACCUGAGGACCGGCAUGGAUCGUGUGACCUCACGGAUGGUGGGUCGCAGACAGCUCAGCUCUGACUCGAUGAUCGACGUGACGUAUCGUCAGAGCAGAGGUCAGAGAGAGGUCGUGUCCGUCCUCCACAAACUCUACAUGUGCGCGAGCGUCGAGUUCCUCAUGGCCGUCGCAGACUUCUUCCUGCAGGCUCUGCCCCCCAGUUUAGCCCCGCCCACCGCCUCAGUGCCCGGUGACAGACUGCGACAGACCGCCGAACCUCGGCCUGAUGCCAAGAACGGUAAGACCCUGAGACAGAAGGGGGAGUGGCAUGUCUCUGAUGUUAUUGACGUUGGUCUUCCUGCAGCGUCGAUGCUGAGGACACGCCUGCGGGUGGUGGUGGUGGACCCUGAGGUGGUGUUUGUGGCCAGCCUGAUGAAGGCAGACGCCCCCGCCCUGGUGGCGUCGUUUCAGUGUGAUGUCACUCUGCAGACUGAAGACGACGGGACGCAGAACAUGAGGGCCGACCUGAGGGAACUCAGAGUCCUCGCCUGUCCCUUCAUCCGAGACCAGGAGAGCAGAGCUGUCACCACGGUGUUGAAACCCUGCUCGGUCGCCUUGGAAACCAGAACCCAUCCCAACCAACCGCUGAGCGGCUCAGUGGCGGUGGAGGAAGUCAUCGUCAAGAUCUCUCCGUUCAUCCUCAACACGGUGAUGACCAUCACUGCCGCCAUGACACCAAAGCAGCCUGAGCAGCAGAGUCCAGACGCCGCCGGCGUCUCUGACCUGUGGUCAGUCAUGAACGUCUUUGAAUGUAACUACUGGUUCCUGGGAGUGGACCAGGCCACAGAAGUCACCGAGACCUUCAGAGAGCAGGACGGACGCAACCAGGACCAGAACUUCACCGCCGAGGUCAAGGUGGUGCAGGUCACAUUGGAGUCUGGUCUGGGUCACCAGACCGUCCCACUGCUGCUGGCCGAGUCCUCAUUCACCGGAACUGCCAGAAACUGGUCGUCUCUGCUGCGACUGAGAGCCAACAUGACGCUGGAGGUGAACUACUUUAAUGAGGUCCAUGCAGUGUGGGAGCCGCUGAUCGAACGAGUGGACGGUGGAAGUCGAAGGUGGAACCUGGAGCUCGAGAUGAAGAACAACCCGCUCCAGGACAAGAGUCCAGUUCACGGAGACGAGUUUGUGAUUCUUCCUGAACCUCGGACGCUGAUCAACAUCUGCUCCAAAGACACCAUGAACAUCACCGUGUCUCAGUGCAGCCUCAGCGUCUUCCACAACCUUGCCAAGGUGUUUUCUGAAGGAACAGCCUCCACCUUCAACUACUCUCUGAAAGAAAAAGCUCCGUUCACCAUCAGGAACUCUCUGGGGAUCCCACUCAUUGUGCAGCACAGUGCCAACCUCAGACUGGUGGGGGCGCCGUCGCAGGGUAAACUCCAUGAGCUGGCGGUGGAUCAGAGUGUGGACCUGGAACACUCGGCGCUGGAGAGCUCGUCACGGGGGAAACUGUCUGCGCUGCAGCGUCAGGAGAGCGGCCUGUUCACCCUCACCAUCGUUCCCUCUGGAUUCAGUGAGAUCUCAAACGUUGCCAUGGACACACCUGGGCGUGGCCUGUAUAAUGUCCGUGGGCCGAUGCUGCAGGAGGUCGUGUCUGUGCUGCUGCAGGUCGACGCCGCCGAGGGAAACAAGGUCAUCACGGUCCGCUCUCCACUGCAGAUAAAGAAUCACUUCUCGGUGCCGUUCGUUGUCCUAAAGUUCUGUCCCACGUCCAGGAGUCUGCAGAGCGUGGGACAGGCCGAGCCCGAGCGAGAGUUUCAUGUCACCUUGGAGUCGUACAGGUGUCAGCUGUUUGUGUGUCCAGCGGGUCCACUGGAUGCUCAGUAUGCUCCGUCGUCCACCUGCGUGUCCUGGAAGGAGCAGGUCCACCACAGCUCUGAGGUGCGUUCUAUCCUGCAGUGUCCUGCGAUGGACAGCAGCCUCCUGCCGUUGAUGGUCAGCACGCUGGCCGUCCCCGAUGCCCUGAGACACAUCGCUAACCACGGGGAAGAAGACUGGGACCCCGCCUACAUCAUCCACCUGCACCCGAUGGUCACGCUGCGCAACCUGCUGCCAUACACUGUCCGCUACAUGAUGGAGAGCUCUGCAGACUCUUACGACCUUCAGGAAGGAAGUACAUCAGAUCUGGUGAACGCUCGUGUCUCUGGUGAGGUUCUGUCGAUGGUUCUGAUGAGAUACCAGGGCCGGGACUGGCAUGGACACCUACGCAUCAAACAGGAAAUGCCCGAGUUCUUCUGCGUGUGUCUUACCUGUGACAUGGACACCAGCAUGACGGUGGACGUGAGCGUCCACGUGGCCAAGAGGCUGAGCCACCUGCUGGUGUCGCUCUUCAGUCCGUACUGGAUCAUCAACAAGACUUUGAGAGUGCUGCAGUACCGAGCCGAGGACGUCAGCGUCAAACAUCCAGCAGAUCACCGGGACAUCGUCCUCUUCUCCUUCAGGAAGAAGACGCUCUUCAGCAAGAACAAGAUCCAGUUGUGCGUGUCCACCAGCUCUUGGUCUGACGGUUUCUCUCUGGACACUGUGGGAAGUUACGGCUGUGUUCGCUGUCCUGCAAACAACGUGGACUUUCUGGUGGGCGUGAGUAUCCAGAUGAGCAGCUUUAACCUGACGAGGAUUGUCACCAUGAGUCCUUUCUACACACUCGUCAACAAGUCCUCGUUCGAGCUGGAGGUGGGAGAAGUCAGCAGCCACUCGGCCACCAGGUGGCACUACAUCCCGUCCACUGAGUGCGCCCCCCUGUGGCCAGAGAACAGCUCGGGGAAGUUGUGCGUGCGUGUGGUUGGUUCUGACUCCUCCUCUAAGUUGUUCUCCUUCAACCGUCAGGACAGCGGCACCCUGCUGAGGCUCGACAUGUGUGGUGGGAUCAUCAUGGAGGUCAACAUCUCCGAUCACUCCACCGUCAUCAGCUUCACUGACUAUUAUGACGGAGCCGCUCCCGCCCUGCUGGUUAACCACACCCCCUGGAUCACCAUCAGCUACAGACAGAGCGGCUCAGCUGUGGUUCAUGAGCUGAAACCAGGUCAGGCUCGGCGGUUUGUGUGGGACGACCCGACAGGUGUCCGGACCCUGACCUGGACCUGCAGGGAUCAGGGAGGAGAUCUGAACCUGCUGAAGGAUGAGUUCGGUCAGUUCUCCUGUGAAAGCUUGUCUCAGGUCCACUGGGUCUCUUUUCUGGACGGACGCCAACGAGUGGUGCUGUUUACAGAGGACGUCGCCGUGGUGACGAAGGCCCGUCAGGCUGAGGAGCUGGAACAGUUUGAACAGGAAGUGAAAGUGUCUCUACAAAACCUCGGACUGUCACUGGUCAACAACAGCAACCGACAGGAGAUCGCUUACGUAGGCAUCACCAGCUCAGGUGUCGUGUGGGAGAUGAAACCGAAGAAUCGUUGGAAGCCGUUCAGUCAGAAGAACAUCAACCUUCUGGAGAAAACCUACCAGAGUCAGCUGAGCGGGAAGGCGGCAGGGGGCUGGGUCAAACUGGAGACAAACCUGGAGGUGAACCUCAGCGGAGCCACCAUGAUGAUGCGUCAGCCAUUUUCCUGCCAGGUGAGAAGGAACUUCCUGUCAGGGAUCCAGGUGGAAUUUAAACAAUCACAACAUCAACGCAGUCUGAGAGCUCAGCUACACUGGCUGCAGGUGGACAAUCAGCUCCACGGCGCCAUCUUCCCCAUCGUAUUCCAUCCAGUUCUUCCACCAAAGUCUAUUGCUCUAGAUUCAGAGCCAAAGCCGUUCAUCGACGUGUCAAUCAUCACCAGGUUCAACCAGCACAGCAGUGUCAUGCAGGUCAAGUACUUCAUGGCUCUGGUUCAGGAGAUGGCGGUGAAGCUCGAUCAGGGUUUCCUGGGAGCCAUCUUGGCUCUGUUAGCGCCCCCUGCAGGCUCUGAUUCUGACAGACAAAAGAGUCGGCUCAUAGACAAAGAUGUGCAGCUGUUGCAGACUGAGCUGAUGGAGGCGUCGCUCAGUGACACGUCAGGACUGAGCUUCUUUGAACAUUUCCACAUCUCACCCAUCAAGCUCCAUCUCAGUCUGUCUCUGGGUUCCAGCGGUGAAGACUCGGCUCAGGAAACAGCAGCUGUUCAAUCUUUGAAUCUCCUGCUGAAAAGUAUCGGGGCGACACUCACUGACGUUGACGACAUCAUCUUUAAACUGGCGUUCUUCGAGGUGAAGUAUCAGUUUUAUCGCAGAGAGAAGCUGAUGUGGGCGGUGAUUCGACACUACAGUGAACAGUUCCUGAGGCAGAUGUACGUCCUGGUUCUGGGUCUGGACGUCUUAGGGAACCCAUUUGGACUGAUCCGAGGUCUGUCUGAGGGCGUGGAGGCGUUCUUCUACGAACCUAUUCAGGGUGCUGUUCAGGGUCCUGAAGAGUUUGCUGAAGGUUUUGCGAUCGGCGUCCGCAGCCUGUUGGGUCACACUGUUGGGGGCGCUGCAGGUGUGGUGUCCAGGAUCACAGGCUCUGUGGGUAAAGGUCUGGCCGCCAUCACCAUGGAUAAAGAGUAUCAACAGAAACGUCGGGAGGAGAUGAAUCGACCGCCCAGAGACUUUGGAGAGAGUUUGGCUAAAGGAGGAAAAGGACUGUUGAAGGGCGUUGUGGGCGGAGUCACAGGCAUCGUCACUAAACCCGUGGAAGGAGCUAAGAAGGAGGGGGCUGCUGGUUUCUUCAAGGGCAUCGGUAAAGGUCUGGUGGGCGUGGUCGCGCGGCCGACUGGCGGCAUCGUGGACAUGGCGAGCAGCACGUUCCAGGGCAUCCAGAGAGUGGCAGAGUCGACAGAGGAAGUGUCUAAACUGCGUCCGGUUCGUCUGAUCAGGGAGGACGGCAUCAUUCGACCUUUUGACCUCACUGAGUCUCAGGGCUUCGACCUCUUCCAGCCUGAUGAGGACUAAACAGGGUUUUCCAGGAUCAACUUAAUUCACAUUUACAUUAUUACUAAUCGUAAACUGCACACAUGUAAUAAUGUGUUCAUCUCUAAAUACAAACUGUAUCUAUACGUCAAAUACUGACUGUAUCUAUACGUCAAAUACAAACUGUAUCUAUACGUCAAAUACAGACUGUAUCUAUACGUCAAAUACAGACUAUCUACACGUCAAAUACAGACUGUUUCUAUACGUCAAAUACUGACUGUAUCUAUACGUCAAAUACAGACUGUAUCUAUACGUCAAAUACAGACUGUAUCUAUACGUCAAAUACAGACUGUAUCUAUACGUCAAAUACUGACUGUAUCUAUACGUCAAUACACACUGUAUCUAUACGUCAAAUACACACUGUAUCUAUACGUCAAAUACAAACUGUAUCUAUAUAUUAAACUGUUGAACGUUUAUAUGUGAUUGUUUUUCUACGCAUGUAAAAACAAACAUUUCUCACUCAUCAUUUGUGUUUAUAUUUAUGUUUCUGACAUUUAUUGAUGAUACUUUGUGUUUAUAAUUUACUGAUUUAAGUGAAAUUUUAUUUUAUUAUAAACGAGUGACAGGUUUUUUCUCCUGUAGCAGCAGAUAUUUUUCUAGCAUCAACUUUUGAUUCAUCCUUGUAUAAUGUGUGUGUGUGUCAGCAUGACCUUUGACCUCUGUGGUGUUUAAGUAGUGACGUGUGUAACUGUUUAAACCUAAAUGUUAAUAAAGCAUCUUACUAACACUUUCUGACGUCUGUGAACGCAACACUGACUGUGUGUGUCUGUCUGUCUGUGUGUGUGUGUGAGUGCAUAAUCACGAGUACUUGAGAAGUGCUCGUGAGUAUGUACUCUCAGAGUGCGAGAGUACGAGAGUGCGAGAGUAUGCGAGAGUGCGAGAGUGCGCACAAGUA